CCAACAUCACUCUGUAACCCACUGCGGGUUUGUUGCCGUGACUCAUGGAGGCUUUUAAGGCUAAAAUACCAUGCUUCACUUCAACUGUCGUUCGUGCUCUGUACAUCUGUGCUUGCAUGAUCACACAGGACAUCAGAACUAUGUGGCCAUUAAAGUUCGAUCAAAUCAUAAUCAAGCUUAUUAACCAAAGCCCCUUCAAUUAUAGUUGUUUUUUUAAACGAUGAGCACAAUAUUAUCAGUCAGUAUAGAGAAACCCCACCACCCCAAUACUGUUCCCUUUCUCUAUAAUAAACGCUGUUCCAAGAACAAAGUCUAAACAUGUAUUGCGUAUUGUUAGUCCGCCAUUUGCUAUAAAAGCAACCGGUGAUAUAAUGUUAGAUGAUGUCCUUGUAGCUAUUGCAGUUAUUUUCAUGACAAAUGACAUAGUUUUUAUUUUAUGUAUACCACCACAAAAAAACUUUUCCUGCUUCUCGGGUUUCACAGAAACUCAAAGUGAAAGUGUGCACAGGGUCAUCUCAUUAAAAACUACGUGGAAAGUGUUUUUGUAGCGGUGGGCUUUUUGUCGUUUGGUUUUCAGCGGGAAUUUUUAAAACACCUGACGGCAGUGAUCUAUUUAUAAAUCCUCACCAUAUGACUCAGAUGGUAAUAGACAGCUGUUCCUAGUAAUGCAUCAUCCGAACUAGAGAGGGGAAAAAAGAUUUGUUGAACACUGCCUUGUACUUACACCGCCAUGUCAAGUGCAGUGCAAUUAUGAGCCUGGUUGCCAAUCAUAAUCUCCCAAAUCAAAACAUACCAGCUGAUAUCGAGUUGUUGAGGGCAUGCCACAGUCGGAAAUUACUGACCCCAAUGUUGUCUUCGGCUGGUAUCAACGCAGGACGGCCCCUCUGCUUUGUCCCGCUAACUUCACUCUACCACUUACAACCAAAUAAAUUAAACACCGUCAUGUAGAGAGAUAGACAGAGAGACUAUUAUGAGCAAGAUCAACGUGGUUUCCAGAACAUUAAACAUUACCCGCUGGUGCUACCAUACUGAGUCAACUCGCCAGCACGCUGUUAUAAGGUGCCGUUGGAAUCUCCCCCAAAUGCAAGGAAAUUUGAAUUCCGCAAAUGUCAUAAAGCUAUAAACAUUAGUUGAGCAAACACGCGGAGCCCAUGAUGGAUGUAAUAUGCUGUAUGAGGUGUGCUGGAGCGCUACUUAUAUUACUCUAUGUGCAAGCAUCUCUGGUCCAUGCUGAACCGAAAUCCAAGGCUGAACUAGGUCAUAGAAACGCCAAGUUACGGGUCCAGACGUCGGUGAUGAUGGCCAGCAACAGAAGGAACAAUCUACGGCGUAAGACGGGAGCACAAGCAUCGCCACCGGUCUCCUCCAUGAGCUUAGCGGACUAUAAGAUGGAGAUCACCCGGAAAAUGACACAAGUUCGGACGCCACUUGAAUUUCUUCGGGUGUUUUUCCCAGCGGACACGGUCAAGAAUCGCUGGACGAACAUGGUCAACGAGUCCGUGCAGAAUGCCUGGCGAGCCGGCCGGACCGAAACAGAUGCAGAACGGCCAAACUUUACGGCUGCAACAGCCAACCAACUGCUAGAAGAGGUGCAGAGCCAUGGUAAGAACAUCAGCUGUGGCGAGCCUAAACUCGUCCUGAUUGACAUGUACGAGGAGUUGAACCUCACACGAGGUAGCCUUGUGUACCUCUACCCAGAGUGCACCAUGGUGAGGCGAUGUGAAGGUAGCGGAUGUUGCAGUGGAGGUGCUCCUUGCGUCGGGAAAGCCAACACAAGAGAGAACAUCUCCAGACCCUUUAUGGUUGUGAGGGUCAUCCCAGACGAAACAAUUAAAGGGGAAUCUAACUACAUAAGACACUCCCUGUACGCUGACACAGAGUGCGUCUGCAAAGAGCGCCCUCUGACGCCCCGAUGCCCGGUCCAGGAAUGCUCGGACACCAUGCGGUUCGACGAGGUGCUGUGCCGAUGUGUCUGCACCAAACGCUGCCCAAAGCCCUACCAGCAGAACGAAGAAACAUGUGAUUGUCACUGUGCUGAUAAAGAUGGCGGAUGUAAUAAGAUAAAGAGAGCACGUAGGCGGCUUUUGGCUGCUGAGUGUAGAUGUGUGAUGGACCAGCUCUGUCUCCAACCAGCCUGCAAAAAGGGUUAUUCCUUCAACACGUUUACUUGUAAAUGUUCACAGACGGACGCGAGCAAGCGAAGAGAGGCCAAUCGGAACAACAGAAACGGCAGGACCGACAACCAGCCGUAUCCUCCCCGUAGCGGGCGCACUGACGUGAACCCAUCGCAGUCAUACGGCUCAGAGUCGGAGCCCCAGCCAGUCGACCCAUAUUCAUCACACAGUGAGGGUCAGGUUACAAGGAUGAUAGAGGAUGAGCUGUUGGUUACUUGGGAAUCUGAAGACGUGACACCGGAUUCGUGCCAUGGACCGGCAUGUAUCGAACCACUCGAAGCAGAAAUAGGCAGCGGUGCUAAUGGGAAUUAAACGUUUCUUUAUCUUAACCGCCCGGAUUCGUUAAGCUAACCUGUUGGUCUGGUAAACCAUGUGUAUAUGAAAACUUUGAUGUUGUCUUGUACUUAAACCGUUUAUUAUAACUUAAACUGUUGGUUAACUUGAAACAUUUUGUGUGGUAAACCGCAGUGCUGUUCUGGUUAACCGCUGUGCUAGAACUGAUAACUAUACUGAAGUGAAACAUUGUUAUAAAUACACUCUUUACUUUGAGGUUCAUAAGCUAUCAUUGAAAUCGUGAGAUUGUUUGGGUUUGGUUUGGUUUGGUUUGGUUUGACUUACCUUAUCUACACUUCAGCCGUCGAUUUCACAAAACUCU